AUGUACAAAUGUAGUCAAAAUACUAACUUGUUUUACGAAAACCAUGUUAUCGAUUCUGCUGUUGGUGUUCAGCAGGGUGACCCACUGGGUCCAGCACUAUUCAGUUUGGGAAUUCAACCCAUUAUUUCAAAUGUGAAAUCCAAGUUGAAUGUCUGGUACCUAGACGACGGUAUACUGGGAGGUAGAGCAGAUGACGUCCUCAGUGAUCUUACUCAUAUUUUUCGAAAUUUCAAAAAUAUUGGUCUUGAACCAAAUAGCAAUAAAUGUGAAAUAUUUUUUUCCAAUAAUUUAUCUACUUCUCAUAGAGACACUUUAAUUCAAAAUUUCAAUCAUAUUUACACUACUCGGCGACUUGAUAGACAUCGACAUCGUGUGAAUCCGUUUGAAUUGAGUGACGAAGAUUUUAGGUAUAAGUAUAGGUUCUCAAAACGUUUCGGAGAAAAAAUAGUGGGUAUCUUACGUGAGGAUUUAGUGCACGACCCUCGAGGAUGCCCAUUGAGUCCUGAAAUUCAAGUGGUUUGUGCAUUACGCAACUGGGCUCGCCAUGAAAUUCAAGACGAUACAGCUGAUUUACAUGGUGUGUCUCAACCAGUAGUAAGUAGGACAUGUAAAAAAGUAGCGGAAAUUUUGUCACGGAAGUCCCGAGAAUUUAUUAAAAUGCCUACUACUUUAAAUGAACAGCAGGAAACCAUUAGGAAAUUUCGCAGUAUUGCUAAUUUUCCUACAGUAAUUGGCGCAAUUGACUGUACUCACAUACGAGUAAAGAAAGUGAAUGCUGAUGGGGGUCAGUUAUAUAUUAAUAGAAAAGGAUUUUCUUCAAUUAAUGUACAGGUGGUUUGUGACGCUGACCUGAAAAUCAUGGACAUUGUUACCAGGUGGCGUGGUAGUGUACAUGACUCCAGAAUAUUCCGAGAAUGUAGACUAAAACAGAGGUUUGAGGCUGGUGCAUUCUCUGGAAUAUUACUUGGUGACAGUGGCUAUCCUUGUACCCCUUACCUAUUUACACCGCUGCUGAACCCCACAACACCACAAGAAGAAAGAUAUAAUAGGAGCCAUAUCCGUACCAGGAACACAGUGGAAAGAUGUUUUGGUUUGUGGAAGCAACGGUUUCGUUGCCUAUUAAGAGGUAUGUUUGGAGAUAUUGAAACAGCAAAAAAAACAAUUGUUGCAUGUGCUGUACUACACAAUAUGGCCAUCGACAUGAGAGAAGAUGUGUUUUCUGGUGAGAGAGAUAGCAUUGAACAAUAUUCAUCUGAACCUAUAGUACAAAGAUAUAUUGCACCAUCAAUAAGGGGAAAUAUUAGAAGAAGACAGUUUAUUGAAACUCAUUUUCAGUAG